UAAAUACGACCAACAUAUUAUGGUUGAAACCUGUCUGGGUAGUUUCCUUUUGUGAUUGCACCCUCAGUUGAGGGUGUUUGGGAUUGGUUUUCUCAUUUAUACAAACUCAAGUUAUGUACCAGUUUAUAUGUUAAGUGUCACACGUAGGAUGUUUACCAGAUUUAUAUUUAAAACUACCCCCGCCCUGCAAAUAAAUUUCUGUUUGACCUAAACAUAUUCAUGCAAGGGUUUAAAUAUGGUUUUGGUCCCUGCAAAUAUAGCACCUUUUUUUUUUGUUUUGUUUUGUGUUUCAUCUCUGAAACUUAUGCUUUUUUUUUUCUUUUUUGUUCCUCAGAAUCCUUGACAACUCUUUUUGACAACGAAAUAGACCAAAGUACCAAACUAAUAGAUUUUAUGUCUUUCUUUGUCUAGUCAUUCUACAAAUACUUAAAAAUUAUUUUCAGAUAUCCACGCAAACCUAUUUUAAGAACAUGAAUGAGUAUUGUAACUUAAUUUUAGUUUUUUUAGUCUCCAAGAAUUUAUAAAAACUGAAGUUAAAAGUUAAGAAUAGAGUUAUGUAAUCUAUAUUAGUUUUUCUAAGUCGAGAUUGUCUUGGAGUUAGAAAGGGACAAAAACUAAGUACUACGUAGUAUAUAUAUACACACACACACACACACACACACACAUAUGUAUUUAUAUGAAGUACGUAGUAUAUUUCAAGGACAGAAAGCAAAAACAAUUAUUUUGCAGGGUCUAAAAAAGUGCUAAAUAUUGAAGGACUAAAAACAUAUUUAAGCGUUAUGAUGCAAGAUAAAGUUUUUGUUGUGAAUUUCGAAGCAAUCCUUACUUUUUGUCAAAUCAAGAAAAAAGUAAACAAAAAGCAAGAGCACUUGUAAUACUAGUAUUUCCUAUUAAAAGAUUUUUUUUAAUGGAAAGUAGAGCCUCAUUUGGGGACAUCCAAAUAAAGAAAGUGGAGACUUCUUUUUGGGCGGUGAGGGUAUAUAAGCAAUUGUAAGGCUUCACCUCUUUGAGAUUUUUUUUCGGGGUGACUGUGCCAAUUUCCUAGCUCCCUUUGUCUAAAAAAUGAAACUUUAGUUAUAUAUCCGAUAUAUGAUAACUAUCUCCAAAUAAUAAUUCUAUUCUAGGUAGCUGCUGGGCGUUUUCAACUGUAUUAGGAGUUGAAGGAAUUAACAAGAUCAAGACUGGGAAGCUGGUUUCUUUGUCUGAACAGGAGCUUGUUGACUGUGAAAAGGACAAUGAAGGUUGCAAUGGAGGACUUAUGGAGAAAGCGUUUGAUUUUAUCAAGAAGAAAGGAGGAAUAACAACUGAAAUACUAUACCCUUACAGGGCCAAGGAUGAGAAGUGUGAUUCAUCAAAGAUGAAUGCUCCGAUUGUGACCAUUGAUGGCCACGAAAACGUACCGGAGAAUGACGAGAAUGCUUUGCUGAAAGCUGUUGCAAAUCAGCCAGUAUCUGUUGCAAUAGAUGCCAGUGGUUCUGAUUUGCAAUUCUACUCUGAGGGAGUGUUCACAGGACAAUGUGGCACCGAGCUAGACCACGGGGUAGGAGUUGUUGGUUAUGGAAUAACGCAGGACGGAACAAAAUAUUGGAUAGUAAAGAAUUCAUGGGGAACUGGUUGGGGAGAAGAGGGCUAUGUUCGGAUGCAACGUGGGAUCGAUUCCGAGGAGGGAUUGUGUGGCAUAGCCAUGGAGGCUUCCUACCCCAUCAAGAAAUCCUCUGGGGACCCAAAAGUUGCACCACCCCAUGAUGAACUCUAGUACAUCAGCCCAGCCCCGUGAUCGAUCUCUACUCGGUUGUCCCUGAUCAUCCAAAGUUCCUGUUAUUUUCUUCAGAAGAUGCUAUUGCUUUUAAUUUUGUCUUCAUACAAUAAAUAAUGGGCUUCUGACGAGGUGGAAAGUUGUAAAAUGAAAAAUAGAAGUGAUGUUUAAAUAUUACCGUUUUAAUAAAACUAGUAUUAACAAUAGUAGGCCAGUCAUGCGUUCCUAAAAUUUAAAAAAUUUCUACUGCAAAAUCAGC